GGUAUGAGUCAAAGUAUGACUCGAAAACGAUCACGGUGAUAGCAUGCUUGAUCGGAUAGAAGAGACAGUUGAUCUAAGGCGACCGGAUCUAACCAGGGAUUUCGAAGAAUUCGUCAAGUUGUUACGGUAAUAGUGGAAAUAGUAAUUGCUUCUACGGGAUUCCCUAUCCCUACCCUACUUAUAUCGUGAAUCAAUUCGUUCGCGAUCAAAUCCAGUCUGGCCAGUCUGUGAAUGACUUUCGUAACAAGGUUUUGCGAGAAUAUCCUUCAGUGUGAAUCGGUGUAAUUUAAAACUGCGCUAUUAUGCUUGUGUUAAUUCUGUUCUGUGCGGUUUUGUUGGCGGGAGUGUGCCCGCAAACUGAGUUCGACGGUGGACUGGCAAUUACAACGACGGAAUAUGCAAAUGUCACAUCGGAAAAUAAGACCACUGUUCGGCUACCGAAAUGCUGCCCACAAGGAUUGGCCGUUGGGGCCGGCAGUUGCAACCAAUCAACUGUUCUGUUUCAGCCAAACUUCAAGGUCUACAACCAUAACGAAACAGCUUUCGACGAUGUACCAAUGGAUCCCGAUCUGAUUGCAAUUGAUACAUACGUUAACGAUCCCUGCCAAGUCCACAAAUUUCCUGUGGCUCCUGACGAAAAUGCUUUCAUACUUCGGAAUGGAUCGCUACUGCUAGGCGGUUUGGGAGAAUAUGAUGGUAUUCUAGGGCAUGAUCGAUUUUGUAUCGACAACCUCAACGUGAUGCCCGAUGAUGAAACGGUGUAUAUGUUUGUCUGUGUUAAAGAACAAGAGGUAGAUCUCCCGAAAUGGGCAUUCUCCAUUUACAUAUUUUUCACUUCAUGUUCUGCUAUCCUCUUAGCUUCAUCGGCUAUAUUCUUUUACCUCCAAGACAUACAAGGUCCUCAUAAGAAAUCUUACAUAGCUUAUGCAUCUUCGAUGAGUCUAACCUACUUCAUCAUCGUUUUAGUACAGUAUUUAUCUUGGAGCUGCAACUUCUUCGGUUUGCUUCUUCAGUUUUUCGUGACAUUAUCUUAUUGCUGGUUAGCCGUAUUGUGUUUUGAUCUUGCCUAUAGCAUUUAUUUCCUCAGUAGCAAGGAACCUUCAGAUCAUACCAACACCUACAUAAAGACUACCACAGCAUUUGCAGCUAUAUUUCUGUUGAUAUCUAUAUGUAACAAUUUCACACCUGACAUACCAUUCAGCUUCUUCAAGCCUCAAUUCGGCAGAACAGAUUGUGUGAAAUUUGAGAACCAGCGUACUUCGUUAUUUUUCGUACCCAUAGGCAUAUCUAUUUUAAUAUCAGUACUGAGUCUGUGUUACAGUCUGAUUCGGAUGAAUCAGAAUAGAUAUCACAGUGGUAGUGAAGAAAUACAUCAAUGGAAGAAAGUGUCUAAAAAAUACAGUUACAUGUAUGGCAGAAAACUGCUUGUAUUCCUCACCAUGAUCAUAUGGAUUUUCGAUGCAUUCAGCGAUAGCUUCCCUCAGAAUUCUUCAAUUUCCAUCAUCAUAUUGUGUCUACAAGCUUGUCAUGGUUUCAUCAUUGUCCCCUUGUAUACGAUGACCCCUCUGAGAAGAGUAAUUAACGUUAAUAAUAAACCCAGAAUAGAGAAUUUAGAUGAGCUGCUCGAGGUUGACACUAGUCGGGGAAACCACAGCAACGUGAGAAUGAUAUAAAACCGGAUUCUAAUAUUCUUGGAAAGCUGUGAUACUAUGAUUAUUAUUUAUGAAUAUAAAGAAUAAGUUUCUACGUGAUGUCUGUCAUGCAAGACUGAAAGAUCCUGCGAGAGUCCUUUCAUUUAUUUAUUUAUUUAUAUAAGCAGGAAUACAUAAAUAAAUAAAUAAAUAAAUAGCAAGUCUAAAGUAAGGAGCCUCUAAAAACUGGACACAUCCACUGCUAGAAAGAAGGAAUAAUGUAGUUUUAUGAAUAUCAUUGUAAUUAUUGUUAGUUUUUCUAUAAAUCUCUCAAUGCAUGUUAAAUCGAAUAUUUUGAUAAUUUGAUUGUUAUCAGUACCUGUUCAUGUUCAUGACAAUUAUUUUGUAAUGGAAGCAGAAGUCGACUUAGUCAAUAAAUUUUGCUACUACUGUUA